UCUAUGUAGCUUGUCUCUGGAGGGCGAGAAUCGAAAGAAUCGAAACGCGGGGAAUGGUGUGAUCUCAGUGAGUGCCGUCAGCGCCACUGCACCAUCUUUGAAAUACGUAGCUAAGGUUGGUUUUUCUAUGGUGCAGAAUCGAUAAGAAAGAGGAAUAACAGUUGACUGGUAGUGAAACUAGAAAAGGGUCGUCCGUCGAUGACGCAACGGUAGGGAAAAGCGGGGUAAGCGGGAAGAGGAAGAGGAAGAGGAAGAGGAAGAGGAAAAUAGCGUUGCGAUCGACGGGUACGUUGUGGUCGUAAGUGGGUAUAACAAGCUCUGAUCGUCCGCGAUGGCCGCCAGACUAUUGACGUCUGUAUCACGAUCCGGAAGAGGAUUCGUUGGAUUAUGGAAGGAAAAAGGACUUGUCGGUGCUGGCAGGACCGGAACUCCGCUAAGCGUCGGAAGUCAGCAGCGCAAUGGACACCAAUGGAUGCCUGAUCCCGAGUACAUGGCGGGGGCGUUGAAGAGUAUGGAAAUAUAUUACAGCGAUAGCAAGAAUCAGUGGCUAUUUCCAAAUACAGUCGAACCUAUUCCGGACGAUGUGUCAUACAUUAAAAACAUUACUGUAAAUUUUGGGCCGCAACAUCCUGCUGCGCACGGUGUGUUACGACUGAUCCUCGAAUUGAACGGAGAAAUGGUGCUUCGUGCCGAUCCGCAUAUAGGUCUUUUGCAUCGUGGUACCGAAAAGUUGAUAGAAUAUAAGACGUAUAUGCAAGCAUUACCUUAUUUCGAUCGUUUGGACUAUGUUUCCAUGAUGUGCAACGAGCAAUGCUUUUCCAUGGCUAUCGAAAAGUUGCUAAACAUCGAGGUACCUCUGCGUGCAAAGUAUAUCAGAACUCUGUUUGCUGAAAUUACAAGAAUCUUGAAUCAUAUAAUGGGAAUUGGAACGCACGCAUUGGACAUUGGCGCUCUGACGCCAUUUUUCUGGCUGUUCGAGGAACGGGAGAAAUUAAUGGAAUUCUACGAACGGGUAAGCGGCGCGCGAAUGCACGCUGCUUACAUACGUCCUGGUGGUGUUUCGUUGGACAUACCGUUGGGUUUGAUGGACGAUAUAUACGAAUGGGCUUCGAAAUACGCCGAACGGCUGGACGAAGUCGAGGAUUUGUUGACAUCGAACAGAGUGUGGACCAGUCGUACGAAAAACAUUGGCGUGGUAACGGUCGAACAGGCGUUGGAUUGGGGUUUCAGCGGCGUGAUGUUGAGAGGUUCGGGAUUGAAAUGGGAUUUGAGGAAAGUGACGCCUUACGACGCGUACGAUCUCGUCGAGUUUGACGUUCCGAUUGGUCAAAACGGGGAUUGCUUCGAUAGAUACCUUUGUCGCGUGGAAGAAAUGCGACAGUCUUUGCGAAUAAUUUAUCAGUGUCUGAAUCAGAUGCCUCCGGGUGAAGUAAGGAUCGACGAUGCGAAGAUAGUACCCCCGAGACGGGAAGAAAUGAAAAACAGUAUGGAGGCACUGAUUCAUCAUUUCAAAUUAUAUACGCAAGGGUUUCAAGUUCCACCAGGUGCGACUUAUACAGCGAUCGAAGCGCCAAAGGGUGAAUUUGGAGUUUAUCUGGUCAGCGAUGGUAGCAGUAAGCCUUACAGGUGUAAAAUCAAAGCUCCGGGUUUUGCUCAUUUAUCCGCGUUGCGUCACAUUGGUCCCGGUGGGUUUCUCGCCGACGUGGUAGCUAUUAUCGGUACCCUGGAUGUAGUAUUCGGUGAAAUCGAUAGAUGAACAAAUAUCCCCGAGACAAUAAUAUCGACGAGACGAGUUUAUCCUUCUGUAGUAAUUCGUUUUUGUACAGAGCAGUUUUAAUGCGCUGAGGAUAAAAAUCGAAAUAAAAUGUAUUUCUUUCCUUG